AUGGUGAAGUCAAGCCGUGGCAAAGCCCGUCGCACCGAAGUUGACGAGUUAAUCGCCCAUCUCGCCGACGUCAUCAAUCGCCUGUAUCUUGACUCGCAAGAGAGAGACGGGGACACAGACGAGGAAGAAGUUUCCUCACCGCCGCCUCCGUCUCCGCAUCCACCUCCGCCUACCGUCUACUCGCCGCCUCUUGGGCCCACUCACGCCGCUGAGACGACGUCGUCUGCUAUCAAUGUGCUUCGCGACAGCCUUGCAGCCCUGUCCGGCGGCGGUGGCGGCUCGAUUGCCGUUCAAACAUCCGGACCGACGGUUAUCCCGAUCAUGCCGAACGUACACACCGUGAAGGCCUCUGCAUGCGCAUCGACCGCCGCGUCUGCUUCCGGUAGUAAUGCAGGUGGCAGUCAGUCUUCGUGCCCCUGUGACGAGGUCACUCUUGCCGAGACCGAUAUCCGCUGUUACACCUUCGCUAAACUCGAGGACAGGGACAUUGUCUCCACGCUCGUGAGCGGCGUGCCUGGCGCGAUCUAUCGCCGCCACACCUCUCGCCAAGCUGCCGAGGAUGCCUACGCCAUCGCUCUGCAGGCCGGCCGCGUCUCCAUCAUCGUGUGA